UUCGUUUGCAUCCGCGUUGGCGAGCGGUUGUGUCAUGUGUCCGAUUUCCACGGCUCUUUUUGUGAUUGCGGCCAUUCUGGCCUUGAUCUAUGUCUUUCUGACCUGGAACUUUAGCUACUGGAAGAAGAGGGGCAUUCCUACGGCGAAGUCAUGGCCUUUUGUGGGCAGUUUUCCCAGCAUUUUCACACAGAAGCGCAACGUGGUCUACGACAUGGAUGAGAUCUAUGAGCAGUACAAGAACACCGAUAGCAUUGUGGGAGUGUUCCAAACCAGGAUUCCACAACUAAUGGUCACCACUCCAGAAUAUGCGCACAAGAUAUUUGUUAGCGACUUCCGCAGCUUCCACGACAAUGAGAUGGCCAAGUUUACCGACACCAAGAAGGAUCCCAUUCUGUCGAACAAUCCCUUCAUAUUGACUGGUGAGGCCUGGAAAGAAAGACGCGCUGAGGUCACACCCGGACUUUCGGCAAAUCGGGUGAAAGCUGCCUAUCCCGUCUCGCAGCGCGUUUGCAAAAAGUUCGUGGAAUAUAUAAAGCGACAGAGCCUAAUGGCCGCCUCCCACGGACUAAAUGCCAAGGAUAUCUGCUUGUGCUACACCACCGAAGUGAUAUCCGAUUGUGUCCUGGGCAUUUCCGCCCAGAGUUUCACGGAUAAUCCCACACCGAUGGUUGGAAUGACGAAGCGCGUCUUCGAACAGUCUUUCGGCUUUAUCUUUUACACGGUGGUCGCCAAUCUAUGGCCACCAAUCACGAAGCUCUUCAGCGUUUCGCUUUUUGCCAAGGACGUGGCUGAGUUCUUUUACGACAUCAUGGGGAAGUGCAUCCAGGUGCGGCGAGAAAGUCCGGCGGCACAGCAGCGAGAUGACUUCCUCAACUACAUGCUGCAGUUGCAGGAGAAGAAGGGACUGGAUGCGUUGGAGCUGACCUCGCAUACCAUGACAUUUCUAACGGACGGAUUCGAGACCACCGCACAAGUGCUUACCCACACUCUCCUUUUCCUGGCCCGCAAUCCUGAGGAGCAGCGGAAAUUGAGGGAGGAGCUCGGUACCGCCGAGCUGUCCUUUGAACAGAUAAGCGAGCUGCCCUUCACUGAAGCCUGCAUCCAUGAAACCUUGCGAAUUUUACCACCUGGCUUGGCUGCCCGCAAGGUGGUAUCGGAGCCCUACGAGAUUGCGAACAAAAAUGGAGUGAGCGUGAAACUGAACCCCGGAGAUGUUGUCAUCGUUCCAAUUAACGCCUUGCACAACGAUCCCCAAUACUACGAGGACCCUCAAUCCUUCAAGCCAGAGCGAUUCUUGGAUGGUGGAGCCAAGAAGUACAGAGAUCAGGGUGUAUACUUUGGUUUUGGCGAUGGACCACGCAUUUGUCCCGGUAUGCGCUUUUCACUCACCCAAAUCAAGGCAGCCCUGGUCGAGAUCGUGCGAAACUUUGACAUCAAGGUUAAUCCCAAAACGCGCAAGGAUAAUAUAAUAGAUGAUACCUACUUUAUGGCUGCCUUAAAAGGCGGCGUUUGGCUGGACUUUGUUGAGCGCAAAUAGUUAUUCAACAUUAAUACGAUUUUAUAUUAGAUAUAGUUUAGAUACAGUUGCAUACAUAGUAUAUUUCAAAACACCGAUAAUACUUU